AUGGACCGCGGCUUCGUCGCGGGCGGGAGGCUGAAGAGUCCGCCGGGCCGCCGGCGGCUUCUGCUCUUCCUGCCGUCAGGCAGCUGCGGAAGUCCGGGCGGCCGCGGCGUCUCGGCGCGCCACUGCUUGUCAGCGCUGUCCGUGGGUCUGGGGGCGCUGCGGUCUCGUGGUCCGGCGGCCCGCGGCGGCGCGUCACGUGCCUCCCCGCUGCUCCUCCUCCUGCUCGUGCCCUCCCCGCGCCUGGCCGCCGUCGCCCCGCGCCGGCCCCUCGCGGACCCGGAGCGCUCGCGCCCGAGGCCCUGCGUCCCCGCGGCCGGCCGUGGCGGCGCGGGAGGUACCUGCGGGGCCGCCCCAGGCAUCGCCUGGGCCGCCGGCGCCCUCCACCUGUGCCGCGGCCGAGUGGCCGCCCUCACUUCGUCCAGGAGAGAGCUGAGCCUCUCUGCUGGGAGCCUGCAGCUGGAGCGCAGGAGAGAUCUGGAGCACAAAAGGAGAGAUUUCACCUCUUGUGGGAACAAGAAGCUCUACUUUGACACCCAUGCCUUAGUGUGUUUACUGGAAGAAAAUGGGUUCUCCACCCAGCAAGCAGAAAUCACUGCCUCUGCAUUGGUCAAGAUCACGGACGCCAACAUGGAUAUUGUCUACAAGGAUAUGGUCACCAAGAUGCAGCAGGAGAUCACCGUACAGCAAAUAAUGUCUCAGAUUGCCAAUGUGAAAGAAGAUAUGAUUAUUUUGGAGAAGAGCGAAUUUUCAGCCCUCAGAGCAGAAAAUGAGAAGAUAAACGUGGAACUACAUCGGUUAAAACAACAAAUAAUGGAUGAAGUUGUCAAAGUCCGAACUACCAAGUUAGACUUCAAUCUAGAAAAGAGCAGAGUGAUGGAAUUGUACUCGUUGAAUGAAAGGAAGCUGCUGGAAAUGAGGACAGAAAUGGUGGCAUUGCAUGCCCAGCAAGAUGGUGCUGUCACCCAGACAGACAGGAAGAUAGACACUGAGGUCGCUGGCCUCAAAACCAUGCUGGAGUCACACAAGCUCGAUAACAUUAAAUAUUUAGCAGGAUCUGUAUUUAUGUGCCUAACAGUAGCUCUGGGAUUUUAUCGCCUGUGGAUAUAAUAAAGUGUCUAUUUAAAGAGAAAAAAGUAAAUAAAUAAAAUAAAAUCCUAUAAAAUGUCAGUAUUUCCUGUCCACCCCAGCCUCAUGUCUGGCCCUCUCUAAACACCCUGAUUGGUUCCACUGGAUUGCUGUAGAAACAGAUAAAUUUUAUACUCAUGACUCACCUCUAAGAGCUUUCCAAGACAUUAUGUAUUCUCUAUAUUAGACACCACUUUAUUGACUUGCAAAGCCUGCCAAAUUUCCAAGCCUCUCUUAUGAUUCAUAGUGAAGGUCCUCAUAAUUAAUCUUCAAGUAUAUCAGCAAAUCAGUCUCACAACUCUCUGGGUAGUUGUAGUCUAAAGGCAUCUUAGUUUCUUCGCAAUGCCAAUUCAAUUUUUUUCUCAUGUCUCAUACCAGUAAGUUGCAAAACAGCUAAUUCUAACCCUGGCUCUUGAUCCUACUUUGUAACUCAGAUUCAGGCACAUGAAGAUAAUAAAUACCCCAACUUUAUGAUGAGUUAUCCAAAUAGUCAAUUUCCCUGCCCUGUAAUGCAGAGGCUGCCUGUCUUCCCCAACCUGCUAAUUAGGGGACUCUAAUCUAGUUUCAAACCUGUCUCUCCCCCUCAUGUACCUCCUUUUCUCUGACUAUAUUUGGCACUAAAUACCAGUGUGGUGUGACUGAGCUUCUAUGUAUUCACUCUUUG